UAGAAAUGUUUAAGACUAGUGAUGUUUUAAUUUCAAAAGCCUUCAGUUCUGUUUUUCUUGGGGAAGGUUUAAAAAACGUUAAAUCAGAUGCUAUAACAAGAUCUCCUGAAGUUAAACCCACUGAUGUUACUAGUCCAAAAGAUGACAGUCCCGUCUUGGAAAUUGACAGUUUAGAAAAACCAAAAUCAGAUCCUUUAAAAAAAUCUCCCGAGGAAAUUGUCAAAGAUCUCGGUGCUGUUGAUCUGCUGGACAAAGAGGACGUGGUUAAACCCGCUGAUGUUACUAGUCCAAAAGAUGACAGUCCCGUCUUGGCUAUUGACAGUUUAGAAAAACCAAAAUCAGAUCCUUUGAAAAAAUCUCCCGAGGAAGUAGUCAAAGAUCUCGGUGCUGUCGAUCUGCUGGACAAAGAGAAAGUGGUUAAACCCGCUGAUGUUACUAGUCCAAAAGAUGACAGUCCCGUCUUGGGUAUUGACAGUUUAGAAAAACCAAAAUCAGAUCCUUUGAAAAAAUCUCCCGAGGAAAUUGUCAAAGAUCUCGGUGUUGUUGAUCUGCUGGACAAAGAGGACGUGGUUAAACCCGCUGAUGUUACUAGUCCAAAAGAUGACAGUCCCGUCUUGACUAUUGACAGUUCAGAAAAACCAAAAUCAGAUCCUUUGAAAAAAUCUCCCGAGGAAGUUGUCAAAGAUCUCGGUGCUGUCGAUCUGCUGGACAAAGAGGACGUGGUUAAACCCGCUGAUGUUACUAGUCCAAAAGAUGACAGUCCCGUCUUGGCUAUUGACAGUUUAGAAAAACCAAAAUCAGAUCCUUUGAAAAAAUCUCCCGAGGAAGUAGUCAAAGAUCUCGGUGCUGUCGAUCUGCUGGACAAAGAGGACGUGGUUAAACCCGCUGAUGUUACUAGUCCAAAAGAUGACAGUCCCGUCUUGGCUAUUGACAGUUUAGAAAAACCAAAAUCAGAUCCUUUGAAAAAAUCUCCCGAGGAAGUAGUCAAAGAUCUCGGUGCUGUCGAUCUGCUGGACAAAGAGAAAGUGGUUAAACCCGCUGAUGUUACUAGUCCAAAAGAUGACAGUCCCGUCUUGGGUAUUGACAGUUUAGAAAAACCAAAAUCAGAUCCUUUGAAAAAAUCUCCCGAGGAAAUUGUCAAAGAUCUCGGUGUUGUUGAUCUGCUGGACAAAGAGAAAGUGGUUAAACCCGCUGAUGUUACUAGUCCAAAAGAUGACAGUCCCGUCUUGGGUAUUGACAGUUUAGAAAAACCAAAAUCUAAUCCUUCGAAAAAAUCUCCCGAGGAAACUGUCAAAGAUCUCGGUGUUGUUGAUCUGCUGGACAAAGAGAAAGUGGUUAAACCCGCUGAUGUUACUAGUCCAAAAGAUGACAGUCCCGUCUUGGCUAUUGACAGUUUAGAAAAACCAAAAUCAGAUCCUUUGAAAAAAUCUCCCGAGGAAAUUGUCAAAGAUCUUGGUGUUGUUGAUCUGCUGGACAAAGAGAAAGUGGUUAAACCCGCUGAUGUUACUAGUCCUAAAGAUGACAGUCCCGUCUUGGCUAUUGACAGUUUAGAAAAACCAAAACCAGAUCCUUUGAAAAAAUCUCCCGAGGAAAUUGUCAAAGAUCUCGGUGCUGUCGAUCUGCUGGACAAAGAGAAAGUGGUUAAACCCGCUGAUGUUACUAGUCCAAAAGAUGACAGUCCCGUCUUGGCUAUUGACAGUUUAGAAAAACCAAAAUCAGAUCCUUUGAAAAUAUCUCCCGAGGAAAUUGCCAAAGAUCUCGGUGCUGUCGAUCUGCUUGACAAAGAGAAGGUUGUUAAAUCCGCUGAUGUUACUAGUCUAAAAGAUGACAGUCCCGUCUUGACUAUUGACAGUUUAGAAAAACCAAAAUCAGAUCCAUUGAAAGAAUCUCCCGAGAAAGAAGUCAAAGAUCUCGGUGCUGUCGAUCUAUUUGAUAAAGUGAAAGUGGUUAAACUCGCUGAUGUUACUAGUCCAAAAGAUGACAGUCCCUUCUUGGGUAUUGACAGUUUAGAAAAACCAAAAUCAGAUCCUUUGAUAAAAUCUCCCCAGGAAGUAGUCAAAGAUCUUGGUGCUGUCGAUCUGUUUAAUAAAGUGAAAGUGGUUAAACCCGCUGAUGUUACUAGUCCAAAAGAUGACAGUCCCGUCUUGGCUAUUGACAGUUUAGAAAAACCAAAAUCUGAUCCUUUGAGAAAAUCCCUUGAUAAAGUGAAAGUAUUUAAACUCGCUGAUGUUACUAGUCCAAAAGAUGACAGUCCCGUCUUGGCUAUUGACAGUUUAGAAAAACCAAAAUCAGAUCCCUUGAAAAAAUCUCCCGAGGAAAUUGUCAAAGAUCUCGGUGCUGUCGAUCUGCUGGACAAAGAGAAAGUGGUUAAACCCGUUGAUGUUACUAGUCCAAAAGAUGACAGUCCCGUCUUGGCUAUUGACAGUUUAGAAAAACCAAAAUCUGAUCCUUUGAGAAAAUCCCUUGAUAAAGUGAAAGUAUUUAAACUCGCUGAUGUUACUAGUCCAAAAGAUGACAGUCCCGUCUUGGCUAUUGACAGUUUAGAAAAACCAAAAUCAGAUCCCUUGAAAAAAUCUCCCGAGGAAAUUGUCAAAGAUCUCGGUGCUGUCGAUCUAUUUGAUAAAGUGAAAGUGGUUAAACCCGCUGAUGUUACUAGUCCAAAAGAUGACAGUCCCGUCUUGGGUAUUGACAGUUUAGAAAAACCAAAAUUAGAUCCUUUGAAAAAAUCUCUCGAGGAAAUUGUCAAAGAUCUCGGUGCUGUCGAUCUGUUUGAUAAAGUGAAAGUAUUUAAACUCGCUGAUGUUACUAGUCCAAAAGAUGACAGUCCCGUCUUGGCUAUUGACAGUUUAGAAAAACCAAAAUCAGAUCCAUUGAAAGAAUCUCCCGAGAAAGAAGUCAAAGAUCUCGGUGCUGUCGAUCUAUUUGAUAAAGUGAAAGUGGUUAAACUCGCUGAUGUUACUAGUCCAAAAGAUGACAGUCCCGUCUUGGCUAUUGACAGUUUAGAAAAACCAAAAUCAGAUCCUUUGAAAAAAUCUCCCGAGGAAGUUGUCAAAGAUCUCGGUGCUGUCGAUCUGCUGGACAAAGAGAAAGUGGUUAAACCCGUUGAUGUUACUAGUCCAAAAGAUGACAGUCCCGUCUUGGCUAUUGACAGUUUAGAAAAACCAAAAUCUGAUCCUUUGAGAAAAUCCCUUGAUAAAGUGAAAGUAUUUAAACUCGCUGAUGUUACUAGUCCAAAAGAUGACAGUCCCGUCUUGGCUAUUGACAGUUUAGAAAAACCAAAAUCAGAUCCCUUGAAAAAAUCUCCCGAGGAAAUUGUCAAAGAUCUCGGUGCUGUCGAUCUAUUUGAUAAAGAGAAAGUGGUUAAACCCGCUGAUGUUACUAGUCCAAAAGAUGACAGUCCCGUCUUGGGUAUUGACAGUUUAGAAAAACCAAAAUUAGAUCCUUUGAAAAAAUCUCCCGAGGAAAUUGUCAAAGAUCUCGGUGCUGUCGAUCUGUUUGAUAAAGUGAAAGUGUUUAAACCCGCUGAUGUUACUAGUCCAAAAGAUGACAGUCCCGUCUUGACUAUUGACAGUUUAGAAAAACCAAAAUCAGAUCCAUUGAAAGAAUCUCCCGAGGAAGUAGUCAAAAAUCUCGGUGCUGUCGAUGUAUUUGAUAAAGUGAAAGUGGUUAAACCCGCUGAUGUUACUAGUCCAAAAGAUGACAGUCCCGUCUUGGCUAUUGACAGUUUAGAAAAACCAAAAUCAGAUCCUUUGAAAAAAUCUCCCGAGGAAAUUGUCAAAGAUCUCGGUGUUGUUCAUCUGCUGGACAAAGAGAAAGUGGUUAAACCCGCUGAUGUUACUAGUCCAAAAGAUGACAGUCCCGUCUUGGCUAUUGACAGUUUAGAAAAACCAAAAUCAGAUCCUUUGAAAAAAUCUCCCGAGGAAGUAGUCGAAGAUCUCGGUGCUGUCGAUCUGUUUGAUAAAGUGAAAGUGGUUAAACCCGCUGAUGUUACUAGUCCAAAAGAUGACAGUCCCGUCUUGGGUAUUGACAAUUUAGAAAAACCAAAAUCAGAUCCUUUGAGAAAAUCCCCCGAGGAAGUAGUCGAAGAUCUCGGUGCUGUCGAUCUGUUUGAUAAAGUGAAAGAGGUUAAACCCGCUGAUGUUACUAGUCCAAAAGAUGACAGUCCCGUCUUGGCUAUUGACAGUUUAGAAAAACCAAAAUCUGAUCCUUUGAAAAAAUCUCCCGAGGAAGUAGUCGAAGAUCUCGGUGCUGUCGAUCUGUUUGAUAAAGUGAAAGUGGUUAAACCCACUGAUGUUACUAGUCCAAAAGAUGACAGUCCCGUCUUGGCUAUUGACAGUUUAGAAAAACAAAAAUCAGAUCCUUUGAAAAAAUCUCCCGAGGAAGUUGUCACAGAUCUCGGUGCUGUCGAUCUGCUGGACAAAGAGAAAGUGGUUAAACCCGCUGAUGUUACUAGUCCAAAAGAUGACAGUCCCGUCUUGGCUAUUGACAGUUUAGAAAAACCAAAAUCAGAUCCUUUGAAAAAAUCUCCCGAGGAAGUUGUCAAAGAUCUUGGUGCUGUCGAUCUGCUGGACAAAGAGAAAGUGGUUAAACCCGCUGAUGUUACUAGUCCAAAAGAUGACAGUUCCGUCUUGGCUAUUGACAGUUUAGAAAAACCAAAAUCUGAUCCUUUGAAAAAAUCUCCCGAGGAAGUAGUCGAAGAUCUUGGUGCUGUCGAUCUAUUUGAUAAAGUGAAAGUGGUUAAACCCGCUGAUGUUACUAGUCCAAAAGAUGACAGUCCCGUCUUGGCUAUUGACAGUUUAGAAAAACCAAAAUCUGAUCCCUUGAAAAAAUCUCCCGAGGAAGUAGUCGAAGAUCUUGGUGCUGUCGAGCUGUUUGAUAAAGUGAAAGUGGUUAAACCCGCUGAUGUUACUAGUCCAAAAGAUGACAGUCCCGUCUUGGCUAUUGACAGUUUAGAAAAACCAAAAUCUGAUCCUUUGAAAAAAUCUCCCGAGGAAGUAGUCGAAGAUCUUGGUUCUGUCGAUCUAUUUGAUAAAGUGAAAGUGGUUAAACCCGCUGAUGUUACUAGUCCAAAAGAUGACAGUCCCGUCUUGGCUAUUGACAGUUUAGAAAAACCAAAAUCUGAUCCUUUGAAAAAAUCUCCCGAGGAAGUAGUCGAAGAUCUUGGUGCUGUCGAUCUAUUUGAUAAAGUGAAAGUGGUUAAACCCGCUGAUGUUACUAGUCCAAAAGAUGACAGUCCCGUCUUGGCUAUUGACAGUUUAGAAAAACCAAAAUCGGAUCCUUUGAAAAAAUCUCCCGAGGAAGUAGUCGAAGAUCUUGGUGCUGUCGAGCUGUUUGAUAAAGUGAAAGUGGUUAAACCCGCUGAUGUUACUAGUCCAAAAGAUGACAGUCCCGUCUUGGCUAUUGACAGUUUAGAAAAACCAAAAUCUGAUCCUUUGAAAAAAUCUCCCGAGGAAGUAGUCGAAGAUCUCGGUGCUGUCGAUCUAUUUGAUAAAGUGAAAGUGGUUAAACCCGCUGAUGUUACUAGUCCAAAAGAUGACAGUCCCGUCUUGGCUAUUGACAGUUUAGAAAAACCAAAAUCAGAUCCUUUGAAAAAAUCUCCCGAGGAAGUUGUCAAAGAUCUCGGUGCUGUUGAUCUGCUGGACAAAGAGAAAGUGGUUAAACCCGCUGAUGUUACUAGUCCAAAAGAUGACAGUCCCGUCUUGGCUAUUGACAGUUUAGAAAAACCAAAAUCUGAUCCUUUGAAAAAAUCUCCCGAGGAAGUAGUCGAAGAUCUUGGUGCUGUCGAUCUGUUUGAUAAAGUGAAAGUGGUUAAACCCGCUGAUGUUACUAGUCCAAAAGAUGACAGUCCCGUCUUGGGUAUUGACAGUUUAGAAAAACCAAAAUCAGAUCCUUUGAAAAAAUCUCCCGAGGAAGUUGUCAAAGAUCUCGGUGCUGUCGAUCUGCUGGACAAAGAGAAAGUGGUUAAGCCCGCUGAUGUUACUAGUCCAAAAGAUGACAGUCCCGUCUUGGCUAUUGACAGUUUAGAAAAACCAAAAUCAGAUCCUUUGAAAAAAUCUCCCGAGGAAGUUGUCAAAGAUCUUGGUGCUGUCGAUCUGCUGGACAAAGAGAAAGUGGUUAAGCCCGCUGAUGUUACUAGUCCAAAAGAUGACAGUCCCGUCUUGGCUAUUGACAGUUUAGAAAAACCAAAAUCUGAUCCUUUGAAAAAAUCUCCCGAGGAAGUAGUCGAAGAUCUUGGUGCUGUCGAUCUGUUUGAUAAAGUGAAAGUGGUUAAACCCGCUGAUGUUACUAGUCCAAAAGAUGACAGUCCCGUCUUGGCUAUUGACAGUUUAGAAAAACCAAAAUCUGAUCCUUUGAAAAAAUCUCCCGAGGAAGUAGUCGAAGAUCUUGGUGCUGUCGAUCUGUUUGAUAAAGUGAAAGUGAUUAAACCCGCUGAUGUUACUAGUCCAAAAGAUGACAGUCCCGUCUUGGCUAUUGACAGUUUAGAAAAACCAAAAUCUGAUCCUUUGAAAAAAUCUCCCGAGGAAGUAGUCGAAGAUCUUGGUGCUGUCGAUCUGUUUGAUAAAGUGAAAGUGGUUAAACCCGCUGAUGUUACUAGUCCAAAAGAUGACAGUCCCGUCUUGGCUAUUGACAGUUUAGAAAAACCAAAAUCUGAUCCUUUGAAAAAAUCUCCCGAGGAAGUAGUCGAAGAUCUUGGUGCUGUCGAUGUGUUUGAUAAAGUGAAAGUGAUUAAACCCGUUGAUGUUACUAGUCCAAAAGAUGACAGUCCCGUCUUGGCUAUUGACAGUUUAGAAAAACCAAAAUCUGAUCCUUUGAAAAAAUCUCCCGAGGAAGUAGUCGAAGAUCUCGGUGCUGUCGAUCUAUUUGAUAAAGUGAAAGUGGUUAAACCCGCUGAUGUUACUAGUCCAAAAGAUGACAGUCCCGUCUUGGCUAUUGACAUUUUAGAAAAACCAAAAUCUGAUCCUUUGAAAAAAUCUCCCGAGGAAGUAGUCGAAGAUCUUGGUGCUGUCGAUCUGUUUGAUAAAGUGAAAGUGGUUAAACCCGCUGAUGUUUCUAGUCCAAAAGAUGACAGUCCCGUCUUGGCUAUUGACAGUUUAGAAAAACCAAAAUCUGGUCCUUUGAAAAAAUCUCCCGAGGAAGUAGUCGAAGAUCUUGGUGCUGUCGAUCUGUUUGAUAAAGUGAAAGUGGUUAAACCCGCUGAUGUUACUAGUCCAAAAGAUGACAGUCCCGUCUUGACUAUUGACAGUUUAGAAAAACCAAAAUCUGAUCCUUUGAAAAAAUCUCCCGAGGAAGUAGUCGAAGAUCUUGGUGCUGUCGAUCUGUUUGAUAAAGUGAAAGUGGUUAAACCCGCUGAUGUUACUAGUCCAAAAGAUGACAGUCCCGUCUUGGCUAUUGACAGUUUAGAAAAACCAAAAUCUGGUCCUUUGAAAAAAUCUCCCGAGGAAGUAGUCGAAGAUCUUGGUGCUGUCGAUCUGUUUGAUAAAGUGAAAGUGAUUAAACCCGCUGAUGUUACUAGUCCAAAAGAUGACAGUCCCGUCUUGGCUAUUGACAGUUUAGAAAAACCAAAAUCUGAUCCUUUGAAAAAAUCUCCCGAGGAAGUAGUCGAAGAUCUUGGUGCUGUCGAUCUGUUUGAUAAAGUGAAAGUGGUUAAACCCGCUGAUGUUACUAGUCCAAAAGAUGACAGUCCCGUCUUGGCUAUUGACAGUUUAGAAAAACCAAAAUCUGAUCCUUUGAAAAAAUCUCCCGAGGAAGUAGUCGAAGAUCUUGGUGCUGUCGAUCUGUUUGAUAAAGUGAAAGUGAUUAAACCCGCUGAUGUUACUAGUCCAAAAGAUGACAGUCCCGUUUUGGCUAUUGACAGUUUAGAAAAACCAAAAUCUGAUCCUUUGAAAAAAUCUCCCGAGGAAGUAGUCGAAGAUCUUGGUGCUGUCGAUCUGUUUGAUAAAGUGAAAGUGAUUAAACCCGCUGAUGUUACUAGUCCAAAAGAUGACAGUCCCGUCUUGGCUAUUGACAGUUUAGAAAAACCAAAAUCUGAUCCUUUGAAAAAAUCUCCCGAGGAAGUAGUCGAAGAUCUUGGUGCUGUCGAUCUGUUUGAUAAAGUGAAAGUGAUUAAACCCGCUGAUGUUACUAGUCCAAAAGAUGACAGUCCCGUCUUGGCUAUUGACAGUUUAGAAAAACCAAAAUCUGAUCCUUUGAAAAAAUCUCCCGAGGAAGUAGUCGAAGAUCUUGGUGCUGUCGAUCUGUUUGAUAAAGUGAAAGUGAUUAAACCCGCUGAUGUUACUAGUCCAAAAGAUGACAGUCCCGUCUUGGGUAUUGACAGUUUAGAAAAACCAAAAUCUGAUCCUUUGAAAAAAUCUCCCGAGGAAGUAGUCGAAGAUCUUGGUGCUGUCGAUCUGUUUGAUAAAGUAAAAGUGGUUAAACCCGCUGAUGUUACUAGUCCAAAAGAUGACAGUCCCGUCUUGGCUAUUGACAGUUUAGAAAAACCAAAAUCUGAUCCUUUGAAAAAAUCUCCCGAGGAAGUAGUCGAAGAUCUUGGUGCUGUCGAUCUGUUUGAUAAAGUGAAAGUGAUUAAACCCGCUGAUGUUACUAGUCCAAAAGAUGACAGUCCCGUCUUGGCUAUUGACAGUUUAAAAAAACCAAUAUCUGAUCCUUUGAAAAAAUCUCCCGAGGAAGUAGUCGAAGAUCUCGGUGCUGUCGAUCUAUUUGAUAAAGUGAAAGUGGUUAAACCCGCUGAUGUUACUAGUCCAAAAGAUGACAGUCCCGUCUUGGCUAUUGACAGUUUAGAAAAACCAAAAUCUGAUCCUUUGAAAAAAUCUCCCGAGGAAGUAGUCGAAGAUCUUGGUGCUGUCGAUCUGUUUGAUAAAGUGAAAGUGGUUAAACCCGCUGAUGUUACUAGUCCAAAAGAUGACAGUCCCGUCUUGGCUAUUGACAGUUUAGAAAAACCAAAAUCUGAUCCUUUGAAAAAAUCUCCCGAGGAAGUUGUCAAAGAUCUCGGUGCUGUCGAUCUGCUGGACAAAGAGAAAGUGGUUAAGCCCGCUGAUGUUACUAGUCCAAAAGAUGACAGUCCCGUCUUGGCUAUUGACAGUUUAGAAAAACCAAAAUCAGAUCCUUUGAAAAAAUCUCCCGAGGAAGUUGUCAAAGAUCUUGGUGCUGUCGAUCUGCUGGACAAAGAGAAAGUGGUUAAGCCCGCUGAUGUUACUAGUCCAAAAGAUGACAGUUCCGUCUUGGCUAUUGACAGUUUAGAAAAACCAAAAUCUGAUCCUUUGAAAAAAUCUCCCGAGGAAGUAGUCGAAGAUCUUGGUGCUGUCGAUCUGCUGGACAAAGAGAAAGUGGUUAAGCCCGCUGAUGUUACUAGUAUAAAAGAUGACAGUCCCGUCUUGCCUAUUGACAGUUUAGAAAAACCAAAAUCAGAUCCUUUGAAAAAAUCUCCCGAGGAAGUUGUCAAAGAUCUUGGUGCUGUCGAUCUGCUGGACAAAGAGAAAGUGGUUAAACCCGCUGAUGUUACUAGUCCAAAAGAUGACAGUUCCGUCUUGGCUAUUGACAGUUUAGAAAAACCAAAAUCCGAUCCUUUGAAAAAAUCUCCCGAGGAAGUAGUCGAAGAUCUUGGUGCUGUCGAUCUGUUUGAUAAAGUGAAAGUGGUUAAACCCGCUGAUGUUACUAGUCCAAAAGAUGAUAGUCCCGUCUUGGCUAUUGACAGUUUAGAAAAACCAAAAUCUGAUCCUUUGAAAAAAUCUUCCGAGGAAGUAGUCGAAGAUCUUGGUGCUGUCGAUCUGUUUGAUAAAGUGAAAGUGAUUAAACCCGCUGAUGUUACUAGUCCAAAAGAUGACAGUCCCGUCUUGGCUAUUGACAGUUUAGAAAAACCAAAAUCUGAUCCUUUGAAAAAAUCUCCCGAGGAAGUAGUCGAAGAUCUUGGUGCUGUCGAUCUGUUUGAUAAAGUGAAAGUGAUUAAACCCGCUGAUGUUACUAGUCCAAAAGAUGACAGUCCCGUCUUGGCUAUUGACAGUUUAGAAAAACCAAAAUCUGAUCCUUUGAAAAAAUCUCCCGAGGAAGUAGUCGAAGAUCUUGGUGCGGUCGAUCUGUUUGAUAAAUUAAAAGUGGUUAAACCCGCUGAUGUUACUAGUCCAAAAGAUGACAGUCCCGUCUUGGCUAUUGACAGUUUAGAAAAACAAAAAUCAGAUCCUUUGAAAAAAUCUCCCGAGGAAGUUGUCAAAGAUCUCGGUGCUGUCGAUCUGCUGGACAAAGAGAAAGUGGUUAAACCCGCUGAUGUUACUAGUCCAAAAGAUGACAGUCCCGUCUUGGCUAUUGACAGUUUAGAAAAACCAAAAUCAGAUCCUUUGAAAAAAUCUCCCGAGGAAGUUGUCAAAGAUCUUGGUGCUGUCGAUCUGCUGGACAAAGAGAAAGUGGUUAAACCCGCUGAUGUUACUAGUCCAAAAGAUGACAGUUCCGUCUUGGCUAUUGACAGUUUAGAAAAACCAAAAUCUGAUCCUUUGAAAAAAUCUCCCGAGGAAGUAGUCGAAGAUCUUGGUGCUGUCGAUCUGUUUGAUAAAGUGAAAGUGAUUAAACCCGCUGAUGUUACUAGUCCAAAAGAUGACAGUCCCGUCUUGGCUAUUGACAGUUUAGAAAAACCAAAAUCUGAUCCUUUGAAAAAAUCUCCCGAGGAAGUAGUCGAAGAUCUUGGUGCUGUCGAUCUGUUUGAUAAAGUGAAAGUGAUUAAACCCGCUGAUGUUACUAGUCCAAAAGAUGGCAGUCCCGUCUUGGCUAUUGACAGUUUAGAAAAACCAAAAUCAGAUCCUUUGAAAAAAUCUCCCGAGGAAGUAGUCGAAGAUCUUGGUGCUGUCGAUCUGUUUGAUAAAGUAAAAGUGGUUAAACCCGCUGAUGUUACUAGUCCAAAAGAUGACAGUCCCGUCUUGGCUAUUGACAGUUUAGAAAAACCAAAAUCUGAUCCUUUGAAAAAAUCUCCCGAGGAAGAAGUCGAAGAUCUCGGUGCUGUCGAUCUGUUUGAUAAAGUGAAAGUGGUUAAACCCGCUGAUGUUACUAGUCCAAAAGAUGACAGUCCCGUCUUGGCUAUUGACAGUUUAGAAAAACCAAAAUCAGAUCCUUUGAAAAAAUCUCUCGAGGAAUUAGUCAAAGUUCUCGCUGAUGUUACUAGUCCAAAAGAUGACAGUCCCGUCUUGGCUAUUGACAGUUUAGAAAAACAAAAAUCAGAUCCUUUGAAAAAAUCUCCCGAGGAAGUUGUCAAAGAUCUCGGUGCUGUCGAUCUGCUGGACAAAGAGAAAGUGGUUAAACCCGCUGAUGUUACUAGUCCAAAAGAUGACAGUCCCGUCUUGGCUAUUGACAGUUUAGAAAAACCAAAAUCUGAUCCUUUGAAAAAAUCUCCCGAGGAAGUAGUCGAAGAUCUUGGUGCUGCCGAUCUAUUUGAUAAAGUGAAAGUGGUUAAACCCGCUGAUGUUACUAGUCCAAAAGAUGACAGUCCCGUCUUGGCUAUUGACAUUUUAGAAAAACCAAAAUCAGAUCCUUUGAAAAAAUCUCCCGAGGAAGUUGUCAAAGAUCUCGGUGCUGUUGAUCUGCUGGACAAAGAGAAAGUGGUUAAACCCGCUGAUGUUACUAGUCCAAAAGAUGACAGUCCCGUCUUGGCUAUUGACAGUUUAGAAAAACCAAAAUCUGAUCCUUUGAAAAAAUCUCCCGAGGAAGUAGUCGAAGAUCUCGGUGCUGUCGAUCUAUUUGAUAAAGUGAAAGUGGUUAAACCCGCUGAUGUUACUAGUCCAAAAGAUGACAGUCCCGUCUUGGCUAUUGACAUUUUAGAAAAACCAAAAUCAGAUCCUUUGAAAAAAUCUCCCGAGGAAGUUGUCAAAGAUCUCGGUGCUGUUGAUCUGCUGGACAAAGAGAAAGUGGUUAAACCCGCUGAUGUUACUAGUCCAAAAGAUGACAGUCCCGUCUUGGCUAUUGACAGUUUAGAAAAACCAAAAUCUGAUCCUUUGAAAAAAUCUCCCGAGGAAGUAGUCGAAGAUCUUGGUGCUGUCGAUCUGUUUGAUAAAGUGAAAGUGGUUAAACCCGCUGAUGUUACUAGUCCAAAAGAUGACAGUCCCGUCUUGGCUAUUGACAGUUUAGAAAAACCAAAAUCUGAUCCUUUGAAAAAAUCUCCCGAGGAAGUAGUCGAAGAUCUUGGUGCUGUCGAUCUGUUUGAUAAAGUGAAAGUGAUUAAACCCACUGAUGUUACUAGUCCAAAAGAUGACAGUCCCGUCUUGGCUAUUGACAGUUUAGAAAAACCAAAAUCUGAUCCUUUGAAAAAAUCUCCCGAGGAAGUAGUCGAAGAUCUUGGUGCUGUCGAUCUGUUUGAUAAAGUGAAAGUGGUUAAGCCCGCUGAUGUUACUAGUCCAAAAGAUGACAGUCCCGUCUUGGCUAUUGACAGUUUAGAAAAACCAAAAUCUGAUCCUUUGAAAAAAUCUCCCGAGGAAGUAGUCGAAGAUCUUGGUGCUGUCGAUCUGUUUGAUAAAGUGAAAGUGAUUAAACCCGCUGAUGUUACUAGUCCAAAAGAUGACAGUCCCGUCUUGGCUAUUGACAGUUUAGAAAAACCAAAAUCUGAUCCUUUGAAAAAAUCUCCCGAGGAAGUAGUCGAAGAUCUUGGUGCUGUCGAUCUGUUUGAUAAAGUGAAAGUGGUUAAACCCGCUGAUGUUACUAGUCCAAAAGAUGACAGUCCCGUCUUGGCUAUUGAUAGUUUAGAAAAACCAAAAUCUGAUCCUUUGAAAAAAUCUCUCGAGGAAGUAGUCGAAGAUCUUGGUGCUGUCGAUCUGUUUGAUAAAGUAAAAGUGGUUAAACCCGCUGAUGUUACUAGUCCAAAAGAUGACAGUCCCGUCUUGGCUAUUGACAGUUUAGAAAAACCAAAAUCUGAUCCUUUGAAAAAAUCUCCCGAGGAAGUUGUCAAAGAUCUUGGUGCUGUCGAUCUGCUGGACAAAGAGAAAGUGGUUAAGCCCGCUGAUGUUACUAGUCCAAAAGAUGACAGUUCCGUCUUGGCUAUUGACAGUUUAGAAAAACCAAAAUCUGAUCCUUUGAAAAAAUCUCCCGAGGAAGUAGUCGAAGAUCUUGGUGCUGUCGAUCUGUUUGAUAAAGUGAAAGUGAUUAAACCCGCUGAUGUUACUAGUCCAAAAGAUGACAGUCCCGUCUUGGCCAUUGACAGUUUAGAAAAACCAAAAUCUGAUCCUUUGAAAAAAUCUCCCGAGGAAGUAGUCGAAGAUCUUGGUGCUGUCGAUCUGUUUGAUAAAGUAAAAGUUGUUAAACCCGCUGAUGUUACUAGUCCAAAAGAUGACAGUCCCGUCUUGGCUAUUGACAGUUUAGAAAAACCAAAAUCUGAUCCUUUGAAAAAAUCUCCCGAGGAAGUAGUCGAAGAUCUUGGUGCUGUCGAUCUGUUUGAUAAAGUGAAAGUGAUUAAACCCGCUGAUGUUACUAGUCCAAAAGAUGACAGUCCCGUCUUGGAAAUUGACAGUUUAGAAAAACCAAAAUCUGAUCCUUUGAAAAAAUCUCCCGAGGAAGUUGUCACAGAUCUCGCUGCUGUCGAUCUGCUGGACAAAGAGAAAGUGGUUAAGCCCGCUGAUGUUACUAGUCCAAAAGAUGACAGUCCCGUCUUGGCUAUUGACAGUUUAGAAAAACCAAAAUCUGAUCCUUUGAAAAAAUCUCCCGAUGAAGUAGUCGAAGAUCUUGGUGCUGUCGAUCUGUUUGAUAAAGUGAAAGUGGUUAAACCCGCUGAUGUUACUAGUCCAAAAGAUGACAGUCCCGUCUUGGCUAUUGACAGUUUAGAAAAACCAAAAUCUGAUCCUUUGAAAAAAUCUCCCGAGGAAGUUGUCAAAGAUCUCGGUGCUGUCGAUCUGCUGGACAAAGAGAAAGUGGUUAAACCCGCUGAUGUUACUAGUCCAAAAGAUGACAGUCCCGUCUUGGCUAUUGACAGUUUAGAAAAACCAAAAUCAGAUCCUUUGAAAAAAUCUCCCGAGGAAGUUGUCAAAGAUCUUGGUGCUGUCGAUCUGCUGGACAAAGAGAAAGUGGUUAAACCCGCUGAUGUUACUAGUCCAAAAGAUGACAGUUCCGUCUUGAUUAUUGACAGUUUAGAAAAACCAAAAUCAGAUCCUUUGAAAAAAUCUCCCGAGGAAGUUGUCAAAGAUCUUGGUGCUGUCGAUCUGCUGGACAAAGAGAAAGUGGUUAAACCCGCUGAUGUUACUAGUCCAAAAGAUGACAGUUCCGUCUUGAUUAUUGACAGUUUAGAAAAACCAAAAUCUGAUCCUUUGAAAAAAUCUCCCGAGGAAGUAGUCAAAGAUCUCGGUGCUGUCGAUCUGCUGGACAAAGAGAAAGUGGUUAAACCCUCUGAUGUUACUAGUCCAAAAGAUGACAGUCCCGUCUUGGCUAUUGACAGUUUAGAAAAACCAAAAUCUGAUCCUUUGAAAAAAUCUCCCGAGGAAGUAGUCGAAGAUCUUGGUGCUGUCGAUCUAUUUGAUAAAGUGAAAGUGGUUAAACCCGCUGAUGUUACUAGUCCAAAUGAUGACAGUCCCGUCUUGGCUAUUGACAGUUUAGAAAAACCAAAAUCUGAUCCUUUGAAAAAAUCUCCCGAGGAAGUAGUCGAAGAUCUUGGUGCUGUCGAUCUGUUUGAUAAAGUGAAAGUGGUUAAACCCGCUGAUGUUACUAGUCCAAAAGAUGACAGUCCCGUCUUGGCUAUUGACAGUUUAGAAAAACCAAAAUCAGAUCCUUUGAAAAAAUCUCCCGAGGAAGUAGUCGAAGAUCUUGGUGCUGUCGAUCUAUUUGAUAAAGUGAAAGUGGUUAAACCCGCUGAUGUUACUAGUCCAAAAGAUGACAGUCCCGUCUUGGCUAUUGACAGUUUAGAAAAACCAAAAUCUGAUCCUUUGAAAAAAUCUCCCGAGGAAGUAGUCGAAGAUCUUGGUGCUGUCGAGCUGUUUGAUAAAGUGAAAGUGGUUAAACCCGCUGAUGUUACUAGUCCAAAAGAUGACAGUCCCGUCUUGGCUAUUGACAGUUUAGAAAAACCAAAAUCUGAUCCUUUGAAAAAAUCUCCCGAGGAAGUAGUCGAAGAUCUCGGUGCUGUCGAUCUAUUUGAUAAAGUGAAAGUGGUUAAACCCGCUGAUGUUACUAGUCCAAAAGAUGACAGUCCCGUCUUGGCUAUUGACAUUUUAGAAAAACCAAAAUCAGAUCCUUUGAAAAAAUCUCCCGAGGAAGUUGUCAAAGAUCUCGGUGCUGUUGAUCUGCUGGACAAAGAGAAAGUGGUUAAACCCGCUGAUGUUACUAGUCCAAAAGAUGACAGUCCCGUCUUGGCUAUUGACAGUUUAGAAAAACCAAAAUCUGAUCCUUUGAAAAAAUCUCCCGAGGAAGUAGUCGAAGAUCUCGGUGCUGUCGAUCUAUUUGAUAAAGUGAAAGUGGUUAAACCCGCUGAUGUUACUAGUCCAAAAGAUGACAGUCCCGUCUUGGCUAUUGACAUUUUAGAAAAACCAAAAUCAGAUCCUUUGAAAAAAUCUCCCGAGGAAGUUGUCAAAGAUCUCGGUGCCGUUGAUCUGCUGGACAAAGAGAAAGUGGUUAAACCCGCUGAUGUUACUAGUCCAAAAGAUGACAGUCCCGUCUUGGCUAUUGACAGUUUAGAAAAACCAAAAUCUGAUCCUUUGAAAAAAUCUCCCGAGGAAGUAGUCGAAGAUCUUGGUGCUGUCGAUCUGUUUGAUAAAGUGAAAGUGGUUAAACCCGCUGAUGUUACUAGUCCAAAAGAUGACAGUCCCGUCUUGGCUAUUGACAGUUUAGAAAAACCAAAAUCUGACCCUUUGAAAAAAUCUCCCGAGGAAGUAGUCGAAGAUCUCGGUGCUGUCGAUCUAUUUGAUAAAGUGAAAGUGGUUAAACCCGCUGAUGUUACUAGUCAAAAAGAUGACAGUCCCGUCUUGGCUAUUGACAGUUUAGAAAAACCAAAAUCUGAUCCUUUGAAAAAAUCUCCCGAGGAAGUAGUCGAAGAUCUCGGUGCUGUUGAUCUGCUGGACAAAGAGAAAGUGGUUAAACCCGCUGAUGUUACUAGUCCAAAAGAUGACAGUCCCGUCUUGGCUAUUGACAUUUUAGAAAAACCAAAAUCAGAUCCUUUGAAAAAAUCUCCCGAGGAAGUUCUCAAAGAUCUCGGUGCUGUUGAUCUGCUGGACAAAGAGAAAGUGGUUAAACCCGCUGAUGUUACUAGUCCAAAAGAUGACAGUCCCGUCUUGGCUAUUGACAGUUUAGAAAAACCAAAAUCUGGUCCUUUGAAAAAAUCUCCCGAGGAAGUAGUCGAAGAUCUCGGUGCUGUCGAUCUAUUUGAUAAAGUGAAAGUGGUUAAACCCGCUGAUGUUACUAGUCCAAAAGAUGACAGUCCCGUCUUGGCUAUUGACAUUUUAGAAAAACCAAAAUCAGAUCCUUUGAAAAAAUCUCCCGAGGAAGUUGUCAAAGAUCUCGGUGCUGUUGAUCUGCUGGACAAAGAGAAAGUGGUUAAACCCGCUGAUGUUACUAGUCCAAAAGAUGACAGUCCCGUCUUGGCUAUUGACAUUUUAGAAAAACCAAAAUCAGAUCCUUUGAAAAAAUCUCCCGAGGAAGUUGUCAAAGAUCUCGGUGCUGUUGAUCUGCUGGACAAAGAGAAAGUGGUUAAACCCGCUGAUGUUACUAGUCCAAAAGAUGACAGUCCCGUCUUGGCUAUUGACAGUUUAGAAAAACCAAAAUCUGAUCCUUUGAAAAAAUCUCCCGAGGAAGUAGUCGAAGAUCUUGGUGCUGUCGAUCUGUUUGAUAAAGUGAAAGUGGUUAAACCCGCUGAUGUUACUAGUCCAAAAGAUGACAGUCCCGUCUUGGCUAUUGACAGUUUAGAAAAACCAAAAUCUGAUCCUUUGAAAAAAUCUCCCGAGGAAGUUGUCAAAGAUCUCGGUGCUGUCGAUCUGCUGGACAAAGAGAAAGUGGUUAAGCCCGCUGAUGUUACUAGUCCAAAAGAUGACAGUCCCGUCUUGGCUAUUGACAGUUUAGAAAAACCAAAAUCAGAUCCUUUGAAAAAAUCUCCCGAGGAAGUUGUCAAAGAUCUUGGUGCUGUCGAUCUGCUGGACAAAGAGAAAGUGGUUAAACCCGCUGAUGUUACUAGUCCAAAAGAUGACAGUUCCGUCUUGGCUAUUGACAGUUUAGAAAAACCAAAAUCUGAUCCUUUGAAAAAAUCUCCCGAGGAAGUAGUCGAAGAUCUUGGUGCUGUCGAUCUGUUUGAUAAAGUGAAAGUGGUUAAACCCGCUGAUGUUACUAGUCCAAAAGAUGACAGUCCCGUCUUGGCUAUUGACAGUUUAGAAAAACCAAAAUCUGAUCCUUUGAAAAAAUCUCCCGAGGAAGUAGUCGAAGAUCUUGGUGCUGUCGAUCUGUUUGAUAAAGUGAAAGUGAUUAAACCCACUGAUGUUACUAGUCCAAAAGAUGACAGUCCCGUCUUGGCUAUUGACAGUUUAGAAAAACCAAAAUCUGAUCCUUUGAAAACAUCUCCCGAGGAAGUUGUCAAAGAUCUCGGUGCUGUCGAUCUGCUGGACAAAGAGAAAGUGGUUAAACCCGCUGAUGUUACUAGUCCAAAAGAUGACAGUCUUGUCUUGGCUAUUGACAGUUUAGAAAAAACAAAAUCAGAUUCUUUGAAAAAAUCUCCCGAGGAAGUAGUCGAAGAUCUCGGUGCUGUCGAUCUGUUUGAUAAAGUGAAAGUGGUUAAACCCGCUGAUGUUACUAGUCCAAAAGAUGACAGUCCCGUCUUGGCUAUUGACAGUUUAGAAAAACCAAAAUCUGAUCCUUUGAAAAAAUCUCCCGAGGAAGUAGUCGAAGAUCUCGGUGCUGUCGAUCUAUUUGAUAAAGUGAAAGUGGUUAAACCCGUUGAUGUUACUAGUCCAAAAGAUGACAGUCCCGUCUUGGCUAUUGACAGUUUAGAAAAACCAAAAUCUGAUCCUUUGAAAAAAUCUCCCGAGGAAGUUGUCACAGAUCUCGGUGGUUUCGAUCUGCUGGACAAAGAGAAAGUAUUUGAACCCGCUGAUGUUACUAGUCCAAAAGAUGACAGUCCCGUCUUGGCUAUUGACAGUUUAGAAAAACAAAAAUCAGAUCCUUUGAAAAAAUCUCCCGAGGAAGUUGUCACAGAUCUCGCUGCUGUCGAUCUGCUGGACAAAGAGAAAGUGGUUAAGCCCGCUGAUGUUACUAGUCCAAAAGAUGACAGUCCCGUCUUGGCUAUUGACAGUUUAGAAAAACCAAAAUCAGAUCCUUUGAAAAAAUCUCCCGAGGAAGUUGUCAAAGAUCUUGGUGCUGUCGAUCUGCUGGACAAAGAGAAAGUGGUUAAACCCGCUGAUGUUACUAGUCCAAAAGAUGACAGUUCCGUCUUGAUUAUUGACAGUUUAGAAAAACCAAAAUCUGAUCCUUUGAAAAAAUCUCCCGAGGAAGUAGUCGAAGAUCUUGGUGCUGUCGAUCUGUUUGAUAAAGUGAAAGUGGUUAAACCCGCUGAUGUUACUAGUCCAAAAGAUGACAGUCCCGUCUUGGCUAUUGACAGUUUAGAAAAACCAAAAUCUGAUCCUUUGAAAAAAUCUCCCGAGGAAGUAGUCGAAGAUCUUGGUGCUGUUGAUCUAUUUGAUAAAGUGGAAGUGGUUAAACCCGCUGAUGUUACUAGUCCAAAAGAUGACAGUCCCGUCUUGGCUAUUGACAGUUUAGAAAAACCAAAAUCUGAUCCUUUGAAAAAAUCUCCCGAGGAAGUAGUCAAAGAUCUUGGUGCUGUCGAGCUGUUUGAUAAAGUGAAAGUGGUUAAACCCGCUGAUGUUACUAGUCCAAAAGAUGACAGUCCCGUCUUGGCUAUUGACAGUUUAGAAAAACCAAAAUCUGAUCCUUUGAAAAAAUCUCCCGAGGAAGUAGUCGAAGAUCUCGGUGCUGUCGAUCUAUUUGAUAAAGUGAAAGUGGUUAAACCCGCUGAUGUUACUAGUCCAAAAGAUGACAGUCCCGUCUUGGCUAUUGACAUUUUAGAAAAACCAAAAUCAGAUCCUUUGAAAAAAUCUCAGGAGGAAGUUGUCAAAGAUCUUGGUGCUGUUGAUCUGCUGGACAAAGAGAAAGUGGUUAAACCCGCUGAUGUUACUAGUCCAAAAGAUGACAGUCCCGUCUUGGCUAUUGACAGUUUAGAAAAACCAAAAUCUGAUCCUUUGAAAAAAUCUCCCGAGGAAGUAGUCGAAGAUCUUGGUGCUGUCGAUCUGUUUGAUAAAGUGAAAGUGGUUAAACCCGCUGAUGUUACUAGUCCAAAAGAUGACAGUCCCGUCUUGGCUAUUGACAGUUUAGAAAAACCAAAAUCUGAUCCUUUGAAAAAAUCUCCCGAGGAAGUUGUCAAAGAUCUCGGUGCUGUCGAUCUGCUGGACAAAGAGAAAGUGGUUAAGCCCGCUGAUGUUACUAGUCCAAAAGAUGACAGUCCCGUCUUGGCUAUUGACAGUUUAGAAAAACCAAAAUCAGAUCCUUUGAAAAAAUCUCCCGAGGAAGUUGUCAAAGAUCUUGGUGCUGUCGAUCUGCUGGACAAAGAGAAAGUGGUUAAGCCCGCUGAUGUUACUAGUCCAAAAGAUGACAGUUCCGUCUUGGCUAUUGACAGUUUAGAAAAACCAAAAUCUGAUCCUUUGAAAAAAUCUCCCGAGGAAGUAGUCGAAGAUCUUGGUGCUGUCGAUCUGUUUGAUAAAGUGAAAGUGGUUAAACCCGCUGAUGUUACUAGUCCAAAAGAUGACAGUCCCGUCUUGGCUAUUGACAGUUUAGAAAAACCAAAAUCUGAUCCUUUGAAAAAAUCUCCCGAGGAAGUAGUCGAAGAUCUUGGUGCUGUCGAUCUGUUUGAUAAAGUGAAAGUGAUUAAACCCACUGAUGUUACUAGUCCAAAAGAUGACAGUCCCGUCUUGGCUAUUGACAGUUUAGAAAAACCAAAAUCUGAUCCUUUGAAAACAUCUCCCGAGGAAGUUGUCAAAGAUCUCGGUGCUGUCGAUCUGCUGGACAAAGAGAAAGUGGUUAAACCCGCUGAUGUUACUAGUCCAAAAGAUGACAGUCUUGUCUUGGCUAUUGACAGUUUAGAAAAAACAAAAUCAGAUUCUUUGAAAAAAUCUCCCGAGGAAGUAGUCGAAGAUCUCGGUGCUGUCGAUCUGUUUGAUAAAGUGAAAGUGGUUAAACCCGCUGAUGUUACUAGUCCAAAAGAUGACAGUCCCGUCUUGGCUAUUGACAGUUUAGAAAAACCAAAAUCUGAUCCUUUGAAAAAAUCUCCCGAGGAAGUAGUCGAAGAUCUCGGUGCUGUCGAUCUAUUUGAUAAAGUGAAAGUGGUUAAACCCGUUGAUGUUACUAGUCCAAAAGAUGACAGUCCCGUCUUGGCUAUUGACAGUUUAGAAAAACCAAAAUCUGAUCCUUUGAAAAAAUCUCCCGAGGAAGUUGUCACAGAUCUCGGUGGUUUCGAUCUGCUGGACAAAGAGAAAGUAUUUGAACCCGCUGAUGUUACUAGUCCAAAAGAUGACAGUCCCGUCUUGGCUAUUGACAGUUUAGAAAAACAAAAAUCAGAUCCUUUGAAAAAAUCUCCCGAGGAAGUUGUCACAGAUCUCGCUGCUGUCGAUCUGCUGGACAAAGAGAAAGUGGUUAAGCCCGCUGAUGUUACUAGUCCAAAAGAUGACAGUCCCGUCUUGGCUAUUGACAGUUUAGAAAAACCAAAAUCAGAUCCUUUGAAAAAAUCUCCCGAGGAAGUUGUCAAAGAUCUUGGUGCUGUCGAUCUGCUGGACAAAGAGAAAGUGGUUAAACCCGCUGAUGUUACUAGUCCAAAAGAUGACAGUUCCGUCUUGAUUAUUGACAGUUUAGAAAAACCAAAAUCUGAUCCUUUGAAAAAAUCUCCCGAGGAAGUAGUCGAAGAUCUUGGUGCUGUCGAUCUGUUUGAUAAAGUGAAAGUGGUUAAACCCGCUGAUGUUACUAGUCCAAAAGAUGACAGUCCCGUCUUGGCUAUUGACAGUUUAGAAAAACCAAAAUCUGAUCCUUUGAAAAAAUCUCCCGAGGAAGUAGUCGAAGAUCUUGGUGCUGUCGAUCUAUUUGAUAAAGUGGAAGUGGUUAAACCCGCUGAUGUUACUAGUCCAAAAGAUGACAGUCCCGUCUUGGCUAUUGACAGUUUAGAAAAACCAAAAUCUGAUCCUUUGAAAAAAUCUCCCGAGGAAGUAGUCAAAGAUCUUGGUGCUGUCGAGCUGUUUGAUAAAGUGAAAGUGGUUAAACCCGCUGAUGUUACUAGUCCAAAAGAUGACAGUCCCGUCUUGGCUAUUGACAGUUUAGAAAAACCAAAAUCUGAUCCUUUGAAAAAAUCUCCCGAGGAAGUAGUCGAAGAUCUCGGUGCUGUCGAUCUAUUUGAUAAAGUGAAAGUGGUUAAACCCGCUGAUGUUACUAGUCCAAAAGAUGACAGUCCCGUCUUGGCUAUUGACAUUUUAGAAAAACCAAAAUCAGAUCCUUUGAAAAAAUCUCAGGAGGAAGUUGUCAAAGAUCUUGGUGCUGUUGAUCUGCUGGACAAAGAGAAAGUGGUUAAACCCACUGAUGUUACUAGUCCAAAAGAUGACAGUCCCGUCUUGGCUAUUGACAGUUUAGAAAAACCAAAAUCUGAUCCUUUGAAAAAAUCUCCCGAGGAAGUAGUCGAAGAUCUCGGUGCUGUCGAUCUAUUUGAUAAAGUGAAAGUGGUUAAACCCGCUGAUGUUACUAGUCCAAAAGAUGACAGUCCCGUCUUGGCUAUUGACAUUUUAGAAAAACCAAAAUCAGAUCCUUUGAAAAAAUCUCCCGAGGAAGUUGUCAAAGAUCUCGGUGCUGUUGAUCUGCUGGACAAAGAGAAAGUGGUUAAACCCGCUGAUGUUACUAGUCCAAAAGAUGACAGUCCCGUCUUGGCUAUUGACAGUUUAGAAAAACCAAAAUCUGAUCCUUUGAAAAAAUCUCCCGAGGAAGUAGUCGAAGAUCUUGGUGCUGUCGAUCUGUUUGAUAAAGUGAAAGUGGUUAAACCCGCUGAUGUUACUAGUCCAAAAGAUGACAGUCCCGUCUUGGCUAUUGACAGUUUAGAAAAACCAAAAUCAGAUCCUUUGAAAAAAUCUCCCGAGGAAGUUGUCAAAGAUCUUGGUGCUGUCGAUCUGCUGGACAAAGAGAAAGUGGUUAAACCCGCUGAUGUUACUAGUCCAAAAGAUGACAGUUCCGUCUUGAUUAUUGACAGUUUAGAAAAACCAAAAUCUGAUCCUUUGAAAAAAUCUCCCGAGGAAGUAGUCGAAGAUCUUGGUGCUGUCGAUCUGUUUGAUAAAGUGAAAGUGGUUAAACCCGCUGAUGUUACUAGUCCAAAAGAUGACAGUCCCGUCUUGGCUAUUGACAGUUUAGAAAAACCAAAAUCUGAUCCUUUGAAAAAAUCUCCCGAGGAAGUAGUCGAAGAUCUUGGUGCUGUCGAUCUAUUUGAUAAAGUGGAAGUGGUUAAACCCGCUGAUGUUACUAGUCCAAAAGAUGACAGUCCCGUCUUGGCUAUUGACAGUUUAGAAAAACCAAAAUCUGAUCCUUUGAAAAAAUCUCCCGAGGAAGUUGUCAAAGAUCUCGGUGCUGUCGAUCUGCUGGACAAAGAGAAAGUGGUUAAGCCCGCUGAUGUAACUAGUCCAAAAGAUGACAGUCCCGUCUUGGCUAUUGACAGUUUAGAAAAACCAAAAUCAGAUCCUGUGAAAAAAUCUCCCGAGGAAGUUGUCAAAGAUCUUGGUGCUGUCGAUCUGCUGGACAAAGAGAAAGUGGUUAAACCCGCUGAUGUUACUAGUCCAAAAGAUGACAGUUCCGUCUUGGCUAUUGACAGUUUAGAAAAACCAAAAUCUGAUCCUUUGAAAAAAUCUCCCGAGGAAGUAGUCGAAGAUCUUGGUGCUGUCGAUCUGUUUGAUAAAGUGAAAGUGGUUAAACCCGCUGAUGUUACUAGUCCAAAAGAUGACAGUCCCGUCUUGGCUAUUGACAGUUUAGAAAAACCAAAAUCUGAUCCUUUGAAAAAAUCUCCCGAGGAAGUAGUCGAAGAUCUUGGUGCUGUCGAUCUGUUUGAUAAAGUGAAAGUGAUUAAACCCACUGAUGUUACUAGUCCAAAAGAUGACAGUCCCGUCUUGGCUAUUGACAGUUUAGAAAAACCAAAAUCUGAUCCUUUGAAAAAAUCUCCCGAGGAAGUAGUCGAAGAUCUUGGUGCUGUCGAUCUGUUUGAUAAAGUGAAAGUGGUUAAACCCGCUGAUGUUACUAGUCCAAAAGAUGACAGUCCCGUCUUGGCUAUUGACAGUUUAGAAAAACCAAAAUCUGAUCCUUUGAAAAAAUCUCCCGAGGAAGUAGUCGAAGAUCUCGGUGCUGUCGAUCUAUUUGAUAAAGUGAAAGUGGUUAAACCCGCUGAUGUUACUAGUCCAAAAGAUGACAGUCCCGUCUUGGCUAUUGACAGUGUAGAAAAACCAAAAUCAGAUCCUUUGAAAAAAUCUCCCGAGGAAGUAGUCAAAGAUCUUGGUGCUGUCGAUCUGCUGGACAAAGAGAAAGUGGUUAAGCCCGCUGAUGUUACUAGUCCAAAAGAUGACAGUUCCGUCUUGGCUAUUGACAGUUUAGAAAAACCAAAAUCUGAUCCUUUGAAAAAAUCUCCCGAGGAAGUAGUCGAAGAUCUUGGUGCUGUCGAUCUGUUUGAUAAAGUGAAAGUGGUUAAACCCGCUGAUGUUACUAGUCCAAAAGAUGACAGUCCCGUCUUGGCUAUUGACAGUUUAGAAAAACCAAAAUCUGAUCCUUUGAAAAAAUCUCCCGAGGAAGUUGUCGAAGAUCUUGGUGCUGUCGAUCUGUUUGAUAAAGUGAAAGUGAUUAAACCCGCUGAUGUUACUAGUCCAAAAGAUGACAGUCCCGUCUUGGCUAUUGACAGUUUAGAAAAACCAAAAUCAGAUCCUUUGAAAAAAUCUCCCGAGGAAGUAGUCGAAGAUCUUGGUGCUGUCGAUCUGUUUGAUAAAGUGAAAGUGAUUAAACCCGCUGAUGUUACUAGUCCAAAAGAUGACAGUCCCGUCUUGGCUAUUGACAGUUUAGAAAAACCAAAAUCAGAUCCUUUGAAAACAUCUCCCGAGGAAGUUGUCAAAGAUCUCGGUGCUGUCGAUCUGCUGGACAAAGAGAAAGUGGUUAAACCCGCUGAUGUUACUAGUCCAAAAGAUGACAGUCUUGUCUUGGCUAUUGACAGCUUAGAAAAAACAAAAUCAGAUCCUUUGAAAAAAUCUCCCGAGGAAGUAGUCGAAGAUCUUGGUGCUGUCGAUCUGUUUGAUAAAGUGAAAGUGGUUAAACCCACUGAUGUUACUAGUCCAAAAGAUGACAGUCCCGUCUUGGCUAUUGACAGUUUAGAAAAACCAAAAUCAGAUCCUUUGAAAAUAUCUCCCGAGGAAGUUGUCAAAGAUCUCGGUGCUGUCGAUCUGCUGGACAAAGAGAAAGUGGUUAAACCCGCUGAUGUUACUAGUCCAAAAGAUGACAGUCCCGUCUUGGCUAUUGACAGUUUAGAAAAACCAAAAUCUGAUCCUUUGAAAAAAUCUCCCGAGGAAGUAGUCGAAGAUCUCGGUGCUGUCGAUCUAUUUGAUAAAGUGAAAGUGAUUAAACCCGCUGAUGUUACUAGUCCAAAAGAUGACAGUCCCGUCUUGGCUAUUGACAGUUUAGAAAAACCAAAAUCAGAUCCUUUGAAAAAAUCUCCCGAGGAAGUUGUCAAAGAUCUCGGUGCUGUCGAUCUGCUGGACAAAGAGAAAGUGGUUAAACCCGCUGAUGUUACUAGUCCAAAAGAUGACAGUCCCGUCUUGGCUAUUGACAGUUUAGAAAAACCAAAAUCUGAUCCUUUGAAAAAAUCUCCCGAGGAAGUAGUCGAAGAUCUCGGUGCUGUCGAUCUAUUUGAUAAAGUGAAAGUGAUUAAACCCGCUGAUGUUACUAGUCCAAAAGAUGACAGUCCCGUCUUGGCUAUUGACAGUUUAGAAAAACCAAAAUCAGAUCCUUUGAAAAAAUCUCCCGAGGAAGUUGUCAAAGAUCUCGCUGGUGUUGAUCUGCUGGACAAAGAGAAAGUGGUUAAGCCCGCUGAUGUUUCUAGUCCAAAAGAUGACAGUUCCAUCUUGGCUAUUGACAGUUUAGAAAAACCCAAAUCAGAUCCUUUGAAAAAAUCUCCCGAGGAAGUUGUCAAAGAUCUCGGUGCUGUCGAUCUGCUGGACAAAGAGAAAGUGGUUAAACCCGCUGAUUUUACUAGUCCAAAAGAUGACAGUCCCGUCUUGGCUAUUGACAGUUUAGAAAAACCAAAAUCAGAUCCUUUGAAAAAAUCUCCCGAGGAAGUUGUCAAAGAUCUCGGUGCUGUCGAUAUGCUGGACAAAGAGAAAGUGGUUAAACCCGCUGAUGUUACUAGUCCAAAAGAUGACAGUCCCGUCUUGGCUAUUGACAGUUUAGAAAAACCAAAAUCAGAUCCUUUGAAAAAAUCUCCCGAGGAAGUUGUCAAAGAUCUCGCUGGUGUCGAUCUGCUGGACAAAGAGAAAGUGGUUAAACCCGCUGAUGUUACUAGUCCAAAAGAUGACAGUCCCGUCUUAGCUAUUGACAGUUUAGAAAAACCAAAAUCAGAUCCUUUGGAAAAAUCUUCCGAGGAAGUAGUCAAAGAUCUCGGUACUUUCGAUCUGCUGGACAAAGAGAAAGUGGUUAAACCUGCUGAUGUUACUAGUCCAAAAGAUGACAGUCCCGUUUUGGCUAUUGACAGUUUAGAAAAACCAAAAUCAGAUCCUUUGAAAAAAUCUCCCGAGGAAGUUGUCAAAGAUCUCGCUGGUGUCGAUCUGCUGGACAAAGAGAAAGUGGUUAAACCCGCUGAUUUUACUAGUCCAAAAGAUGACAGUCCCGUCUUGGCUAUUGACAGUUUAGAAAAACCAAAAUCAGAUCCUUUGAAAAAAUCUCCCGAGGAAGUUGUCAAAGAUCUCGGUGCUGUCGAUAUGCUGGACAAAGAGAAAGUGGUUAAACCCGCUGAUGUUACUAGUCCAAAAGAUGACAGUCCCGUCUUGGCUAUUGACAGUUUAGAAAAACCAAAAUCAGAUCCUUUGAAAAAAUCUCCCGAGGAAGUUGUCAAAGAUCUCGGUGCUGUCGAUCUGCUGGACAAAGAGAAAGUGGUUAAACCCGCUGAUUUUACUAGUCCAAAAGAUGACAGUCCCGUCUUGGCUAUUGACAGUUUAGAAAAACCAAAAUCAGAUCCUUUGAAAAAAUCUCCCGAGGAAGUUGUCAAAGAUCUCGGUGCUGUCGAUAUGCUGGACAAAGAGAAAGUGGUUAAACCCGCUGAUGUUACUAGUCCAAAAGAUGACAGUCCCGUCUUGGCUAUUGACAGUUUAGAAAAACCAAAAUCAGAUCCUUUGAAAAAAUCUCCCGAGGAAGUUGUCAAAGAUCUCGCUGGUGUCGAUCUGCUGGACAAAGAGAAAGUGGUUAAACCCGCUGAUGUUACUAGUCCAAAAGAUGACAGUCCCGUCUUGGCUAUUGACAGUUUAGAAAAACCAAAAUCAGAUCCUUUGAAAAACUCUCCCGAGGAAGUAGUCAAAGAUCUCGGUGCUGUCGAUCUGCUGGACAAAGAGAAAGUGGUUAAACCCGCUGAUGUUACUAGUCCAAAAGAUCACAGUCCCGUUUUGGCUAUUAAUAGUUUAGAAAAACCAAAAUCAGAUCCUUUGAAAAAAUCUCCCGAGGAAGUUCAUUUAGAUCCUUCUGCAGUUAAGGAUAAGGAUAUUGUAGGAAAGGCAACAAUAAUCUCACCUGAGAAAGUAGAGUUGUUAGUUAAGGAAAGUAUCAAGGAAAUUUUUACUGACACAUUGGACAAAUUAGCUGUCCAAUCAAUCGAGUCUGUAGAAGAUUUAGUAGAAGUCAUUCCUUCGUUUGUUGAUUGUAAAACUUUGGUUCCUGAAAAACAAGAACUUACAAGCUUACCUCCACUGGAAUCAGUUGACCUAGCAGAAAUAAUUUCCGAAAAAGUAGAAAAUAUUUCAAUGGGCGAUUCUUUAACAUCUAAAUUUUAUGAUUCUGACUCUUCAAAUAGUAUUGACAGCUUAGAAGCUGAAGACAAUAAAUUGCAAGUUGAACAAAAACGUAUUAAAGAUAAAACUCGUAUUCCAUUAAGUUAUUUUGUUGAAUUGAGUUCGGAAAAAGAUUCUUCAAAGAAAACCAAACAAAAACGUAUUCCAAAGCCACCAGUUGUUCAGAAAGAAAGAGUUCGUCCUCGAACUUUAAAAGACACAGAAACUAAAAAACCUGAAGAUAGGGUAACGAAAGUCAAACCAACAAAGAAACCUAUAAAAUAUGUUACUAAGCAAAAGAAAGAUACACCUGCUGCUAUUGUUGCAGAAAAACCUAGAGCUAAAACUCCAUUAUUAAGUCAGGAGAAACUCAGGUCUAAAACCCCAUUACCAAGUCAGGAAAAACCCAGGUCUAAGACCCCAUUAUUAAGCCAGGAAAAACCCAGGUCUAAAACUCCAUUAUUAAGUCAGGAAAAACCCAGGCCAAAAACCCCAUUACCAAGUCAGGAAAAACCAAGGUCCAAAACCCCAUUACCCGCAGUAGAAACCCCUAGGUCAAAGACACCAUCAUUGAAUACAGAAAAACGUAGGUCUCGAACCCCAUUAUUAAAUACUGAAAAGUCUCGACCAAAAACCCCAUCAAUAGUCUCUGUUUAUUCAAAGAAAUCACUUGAAAGACCCCAGAGCAUUGAUAAGUCGACCAAAAAAGAAAACCUUCCGGUGGACAAAGUAAAACACACAACCGUCAGUACUGAAAGGAAAUCAAUUUCCAAUUUGAAACAAUCCUACAGCAGUACUGAAAGAAAGCAAAUUUCCAACUUGAAACAGUCCACCAGUACUGAACGAACCAAACCAAUUUCCUCCAAUAUGAAACAAUCUACUACCAUCAGCAGUACUGAGAGAAAACCAAUUUCCAAUUUGAAACAAUCCAUCAGUACUGAAAGAAAAUCAAUUUCCAAUCUCAAACAGUCUACCUCAAAAAUAAGUUCUUCCAUGCACAGUUACAUGCGACCUACUCUUUCCCAUAAUCUAAAGACUGCUACACACGAAAAAGUUGAUCUCAACUAUUUAACCAGUAGCAAGCAAUUCAAGUCCGCUAGAGAAAGUUCUUCUGAAUCCUUGAGCAUGGUUUCUGUCAAAGUUAGACCUGCUAUAGGCCAAGUGAAGAAAAACUCUACCGACAAAAGUAUCAGUGGAAGUAGAAAUGACCUAAGUAUUGUACAGAAAUCAAAGCAAGAAAUUACCAAAAAGAAACCUCUAGAAAACAACAUUACUACCGAAGCGAUUUCCAAAUCAAGUUCUUUGGACAAUAAGCAAACACUUGUCGAAAGAAAACGAAUAUCGAAUUUAACACAAAGCGAAAGGACCAAAAAGUCAUCUAUUGUUCGAAAUAAUUUACAGAAAUCCAAUACUAUCAUCAAAGAAUCCUCCAAAACUAUAACCGAAACAGCAGUUACUGAAAAGAAAGAAGUUCCAAAACUAAUACGUUCUCAGUCAAAAAUUAAGCCGACAAAUGUACAAAAUAAUGACCAAAAAAAUGUGAUAAAAAAGAAUACAAGUAUUAAUAGGGUUAAGAAGGUAGACAACAAGGCGACGAGUAAUCAGACACAAACUAGUAGUAAAACUGAGUUAAAAAGUUCAAAGCAAAUUUCAGUUAGCAGUAAGUUUAUUCAAAAUGAUACAAAUAAAACAAAAGCAAGUCCAAUUUCCACACCAAAAGUCAUCAAAGACAAACUGAAUAAAAAUUUAAAAAUCGUUCAAAGUAAUAUACCGAAACAAGUACCAAAAAAGAAUUCUUCAGCUAAAGUUGAACCAAAACCUAUCGUUAAAGAACUUGAAUAUGACACCUUUUCAAACUCAUCAAAUAAUGGCAAACAAAUGGUAACAAGUGAGGUAUUUACCAAAACUUUUGGCAGUAGUAAGCCAUUGGAAGUAAUAUUCCAAAAACCCUCAUUCACUGAUGUUGAUUCAAUAUUGGAGAGGAAAAACAGCGAUUGUCGAAAUAAUGAAUUUGAAGUUAGUUUUAUUGAUACAACUGAUUCGAGUUUAUCGGAUUCGGUUGCGCUAUCUAUAUUCACCCUCGAACAUGACAGGCUUCAUUUAAUAAGUCCUGGAUCGCCAAAGCCAACAAAAGAUCCAUUGUUAUUGAUGGAGGAAGAAAUAGAAAAGAGACGCCUUGACGUUAUCAUUGAUGAGCAUGGAAUGGUUUCAUUUAGAGACACAUCUGAAUUUUCUGCUGGCAAAAUCAAGGAUAACAAAGAAGAUCAGCCUUCAUUUACUCAAGACUCUGAAGCUAAAGAAACAAUAAAGGCAGUUAUUAAUUAUGAAGAAGAACAAAAAACAAUCCAACCAACAAGCAACGAUAUUGAAGCCCCUGAUGAUGAUGAACAUGAAAUGGAUAUUAUCCGCAAGGAAGCUACGAUUCUAAUAAAAAACGUCCUUGAAGAAAGUGUUAAUAUUAUAAACAAUCGACAACAAACCGAAACAACAGAUUAUGAUAGUCAAAAUUUAAUUAAUUCAAAAAUGGAAAUAUCCAUAUCCGAAAGCAGUGAAACUGAAUCAAAGUCUAAAAUUUCAAACGAUGAUGAUAAUUACCCAUCAAUUGGUGAAAAUAUUAAUUCAAAUCAAUUAAUAACAAAGAAGUCUGAAGAAAUUACUUCAACAGACAUUAAAGUCUUACCACCAACAACAUCCUACAACAACAACAUUACCCGUAAAGAACAAAGAGUUGAGAAAAAAUUCCAAAAAAUCUCAUCUCAAGUCGAAAAUAUUGAUAAGAGUGUCGAGAGUUUCGAUCAAACCUUUGAUUCUUUGGUACAUGAAGAUGAAAUAAGUAGUUUGCAUCAAGACUUUUCAAAAAUAAGUUGGAACGAAAGUGUUUCGGCGACGACAAGUACCAUAGCAGACAUUGAACAAAGUACACCAGACACUGAUAUUCAGGAUUUUCUAACAGACACAGGAGAAGAAAACAUCCAACGCGGUAUCAGUGAGGAAAUGCCCAUUGAAAUGAAUGUCAUGGAACUUGACAGUGCACCGCGACCAACACCACGUACAUGUUUACCACCACCAUCAACUUCGGUAGAAAUUUCUCAAGAAACGUCAACUCAAAUAGAAGAAGAAGAAGAAGAUCUUCGAAAAGAGGCACCACCAGUACCUCAACCUAGAAAGCAGAUAAAUGUUGUAACUUCUUCAACAGAAGUUACUAGUAAAUUCUUAGAUCAAUCUGAUCCAAAAGAUUCAGAUCAAUCAUUGCACGAAAUAGAAGAAGAUUCUGCAAGAUUAGAUACUUUUUCAGCUGAACAAGAAGAAGAUCUUCAAUCUUCUGACAAGCCAGAACAAAAAUUAAGUUUAGAUCAUGAUAUUGAAGAUCAGUCACUAAUUGACACCGAAAAUCUUCCCAUCGAACAUGUAACUAUUCAAAAUGGAGAAAGUUUAAGUUCUUUGAAUAGAGUUUCAUUUCAAGAAGACUACGAUCACACAACAUCACAUUCCAUAGAAUCAUCGAAGAUAUCACUAUCUUCACCAAGACAUAUUAAAUUAGAUACUUUUUCAUCAGAACAAAUUGAUUCAACUAAGGAAUUGUUAGAAGACUACCAUUUAACAUCGGAAUUAAAUAUUUCCCGUAAGAGUUCCUUGGAUCCUUCGGCAAGUAGUUUCAAAAGAUCUCCUAGUUUAUCGGAUUCAAUGACCAAACUUGUCGGUGUGGAUUCAUUUGAGGAUGAUAAGUCUGAACGAAGUGGCGAUAAAGAUGAUGAGCCACAAAUUGGUUUCUAUAUUGGAGAGUCUAGCACGAAUUUGAUAGUUAAAUCGAAGUCUCCACAAUAUGAUGAAGAACCUGAAAGAAUUGAAGAUAGUUUAUUGAAAGCUGCUGCUGCUACUGAUUUGGAAGAGAAGGAACCUGAAGAAGAAGUGAUUUCUGUUAAAGAAGAAUCAAAAUCGGAAUCUGAUUUUAGUCCUUCAGCGGUUGUUCGACAAGGUUCCGAGACUCGAAAUGAUAUUCUAGAAAUUGAAAGUGAAUCACAGAAAACUGUUAUCGAUGGGAUAAAAGAACCCUUGGAACAGAUAACAGCUGUUAAAGAAUCCAAAGAAACAUCUUUACUGGACGAAGAAAUUUCAGCUGUAAGUGAAUCAAAAGUUACAUCUUUACCGAUGAUGGAAGAAAUACAAGAGUUUGAUCUUCAAAAACCAACUACUGCUGAAAUAAUACCAUCAACUCUUGGUGAACGAAAAGAAUCAACUUUAUUAGAUGAAGAAGAAUCAGUCUCCGAAAAAACUGUUGACGAACCAGAAGAUAUUCACCAAUUACACAAAACAGAACAACAACCACAAAGCAAAGCUUCAAAAUUGGAUCUUCUAUUAGAAAAAAGUGAACUUGAGCUCUCCGAAAAACUGUGUACUUUACCCGGAGGUGUAAUCAAAUCCGUUGAUCCUAUUGAAACUUUAAAGACCGAAAUACAGCUGCCUGAUAAACUUUUAGUCGAACGAACAUUGGAAGAAGUUGAAAUGUCAUUAGACGCCGCAAAAGAAGAGCUUAUUCAAGUAGUUCGUGAUGGAAAAGCUAUUAAAGAAUCACCAUCAGAAUUUGAAUUUAAAAAUAUUUCCCACUCAAAGCUACACAUGGAUGAAGGAGAUGAUAAAUGUGAAAGUCUAAUAGCUCCAACAGUGCUUGAUGAUAUUCAAGAAUCAAGCGAUUUGCUUGAAGAUGGUGGUCAUGAUGAUGUAAAAGUUGAAGGUUCUGAAAAACUUGUCGAAGUUACUGAUCAAAGUGUUGUUGAGAAGCCCUUGAGUCCGAUAAAUAAUAGAUGGUCUUUACACGAAGUCGAUAACUCUAGCUCAAGUGAAAGCUACUACAAAAGCAUUAGCAGACCGGGAUCGUCUGAUUUUGACACCGUACAGACAUUCCAUACUUCUUCGGAAUAUCAAACAGCAGUCGAUGCCUCCAUGUGCCGGGGAUCAACAGAGUAUAUUAGUGCAAUGGGUACCCUAGAAAGUAGUGGAAAGACAAUUAGUUCACGGGAAAGUAUGAAAAGUCUAAGCUCAGAAGCUUCUGGAAAUUUGGGAAGCAUUGAUACAUCAGAAUUGUCUGAAACAUUGGUUGCAUCGCUGGGUGAUCAAGAUAUUGAAAUUGAAAUCGAAAGUGAAGGUUUUGAAGCUCUUGAAUUUGAUAAUAUUAUGCAGGCACAUCAAGCUGAAUUUGAGUCUCAGCAAUCGUGUAUGAAGAGAUCUCAAGAAAUGAUAUUUACAAAGGAAGAAAUCACUGCCGCUGAAACUACAACUGCUGAAAUGCACACUUCUAACAUUCCAAUUGCUGAAAUUCGAACUGAUGAAAUCAGAAGUGUGGAAAUUCCAACUGCUGAAAUUCGUAGUGCGGAAAUUCCAACUGCUGAAAUUCCAACAACUGAUUCAAAGAAACUGCCAGAAAGCAGUGUCGUAGGAAGUUUUGAAUACAAAGAUGAUCAAAUAAUAGCUUCUAGCUUGGAAGAAAGUAGCAUAUUAUCAAUGUCAAGUGCAUCGACAGUAAACACGGUUGUUAACAACUUUGAAGAUCUCAUAGGAUCAGCAGGUUCAUCUUCAUUAGCUGGUAUUGAAAUGUUUGCAUCAUCAUAUGCUGCUGAAGAUUCAAUUUUACAAUUUGAUGAAUCAAAUUUUGUCCCUGGUGAAACUUCACAAAGUGAAAUCGACCCUUUAGACAAGCCUUCAGAUGAACCACGUCGUAGAGGACAUAAGCGUCAUGAGAGUACUUCGGUUAGCAGUGAAGUUGUUAAAAAUUUACUCGAAGAAGAAACUGAAGGCGCACCAACCGAAGUUACAGAACAAAAAACUCCCACCUCUGGCAGUCUUGGAGGUGGAGACGAUUGCAAAGGUAGUGAAUCCGAAUCCGAUCAUGAUCCCUAUGAAUCAGAAUAUUCAAGAGCAUUCAAAUCUCCAUCGCAGAGAAAGAAAAAGAAGGAGAAAAAACCAACAGAUGCCUUAGAAGAUAGUAGUCAGGAAAGUCUUGUUGGACCAUUACACUUGGCUGCUCAGGUUAUUAUCGAAGAUGCUGUCACUGAAGAACUUGAAUCACAAAUUAUUGCUGAAGAACAAAGACGUCCAUCUCAAAAUAUGCAAGAUUAUUCGAAUAUUCCUGAUAUUAAAGUGACUGAAGAAAUUUCCAUUGAUACCGAAGAAACUGAUGAUUUUCCUGAUAGCACUUUGUAUAAAGUGAAGACUCAAGAUGAAUUGAAUAAAGUUGAAGAUACACCAAUUCCACGAACUACUGAAUCAGCAUAUUCUUUGGAUGAUGAACAAUUUAAUGUGCUUGUUCAACAGCAAUAUAAACAGAAACUUGCUGAUUUAAAUGAAGCUAGUGAUUUUGAUAGAGAUAGGGCACCUGAUUCGCCAGACUCUUUCGAAAUGGUCGAUCAACCUGAUAUAACAGAUGAAUUUGUAAUAAUCGAAGAAGUCGCUAAAGAAGCAAGUGAAUUCGAUGUGGAGGGUAAAAGCAUAAAGAUAAGUUCAAGUAAAAUGGUCAAAAAACACGAUGAAGAAGUUGAACAAAUUUUGAUCAAAUCUGCUCCAGCUGCUACGAAUCUAGGCUCACAAAUCUUUCGCGAUGACUUGAAUUUCGAAUUCGAAGAAAGCCCACCCUCGGUUCAGUCACAAGCUGAACAGGAUUCAGAUGAAAUAGCAGCGAAUAAGAAAUGGGUCGAAAUGCAAUUAUCCGAUCAUGCUGCUCAACUAAGGUAUCCUUAUGAAUUGGAAAGGGGGGUUUUGGAAGAUAUUAAAGAAGAAGAUGCAGAAUUCGAAGUUGGAAGUAGUCGAAUCAGUAGUUUUAAGGAUUCAUUCUCUAGUACUCCUGAUUAUGAUGUUCUAGCUGGACGGAAAUAUUUCUCCAAAGCUGAAAAUGAUAAUAUUUCAAUGAGUAGUCUGCAAGAGUUUGAAAGUCUUGAGCAAGCGAUAUCACUUGAAAAUAGAAGAAUCUAUACUGGUUCGACAGAUUCAAGCAAUGGUAGCUUUACAAGACGAUACACGAUUAAGAAUGCAGCUGGUGAUGAUAUAUCUAUGUCGAGUUUGAAGGAAUUCGAGGGAUUGGAAAACGCCUGCAUUGAAGCCCAUUUAAUUGAAAUUAAGGCUAAGGAAGAAGCUGCAUUACUUUUGUCAAGAUCAGACGAAUCGAAUAACUCAAAUAAUGGUAGUGAAAGUACUCAAAAUGUUGUUGUUUCGAAAUUAAAAACAAUAACUCUCCAAUCGAUACCCAAAGAAAGUGUUGAAGCUAUUCUUAAGUCGAAGCUGGAAGAGUGUGAAGAAAUGAAAGGAAAUAUAAUGGAAACUUCAUUAGAUAGCCUUGAAAUGGAGGGAGAAACGUCAAAAAAUAAAUUUGGUUAUGAAUUAUCAGAGCAUGGAAGUGCUGAUAGUUUGGAGAUUAACAAAAGUGUAGAGUUAGUUACAAGUAGUAUAGACUCAUUUGAUAUUUCGAAAGAAAUUACAACCAAAUCCGAUGCUGAUUCUCUAGAACCAAUAUCCAAUCGAGAAAGUGUAGAUUCAAUUGAAGUUGAACAAAAACUACAACAACAACAACAACAGACUUCAAUGAUUACAAGUGAAGCCGAAAGUGCCGCACCAUAUACAACAGUAUCGACAGUUUCUGAUGAACAAAUCAUCCAACAUACCAGUGGUAGUGAAAUAAUUAGCCAAACAACAACGACUACAAUAACAACAAGUGUCAUUACAAUACCAUCAAAUUCAAGUCGAAUAUCAAUGGAUAUGUCAAAUGAUUCGCUGAAUUUGUGUAUUGAACAAACAACAAGCUCAGCAACAAAUGCAACUUAUUGCAAUGAAGGUGAUUCGAUGAUGACAGAUAGCAUGACGAGUGUUGCAUCUAGUACGUUAAUUGAAGACUCUGUAUUUCCUGUUUCGAGUCAAUCAUAUGCAUUGCACUCACAUCACACUGAUAAUAUAUAUUUUGAAGACGAAUCGCCGCCUGCAAAUUCAAAAACUGUAGAUGAUAGCGGAAAAAAAGCUGAAACCAAGCCAUAAAAAGGUACUACAUCAUUUUACUAUGAAGAACGUGAAACAUAGCUUUCUUAAAGACUUUUGAUACGAUAAACAAGCUGCACAAGCCACACAAUAACAAAAAAAAAAAAAAAAUAAAUAAACAAUUGGAAUCAAUACUCUCU